UAAUAGAUCUGUCUUUUACACAUAAGAGAUCUAAUAAAGACACUUUCUUAAUUUUAACAUUGUAAAAAGCCACGUAGGCUUAAAACCUCCUCUAUUUUAUUAGACAAACAAAUGCAUGAAGUCAUAUUAACCAAAUUAAUUAUAUAAAUUCAAAAAAACCUAACUAUAACUCUCUCACUCUCUCUCACACACACACAUCUGCUGCUACUCCUCUUCCUUGUUCAGCUGCCUAAAUUAACUUUCAGGUGAUCAACAUGGAAAAUCUUGUUUUCAUCAUCGGAGUUAUAGGCAACAUCAUUUCCGUUCUAAUGUUUCUUUCGCCAGUAGGAACAUUCAGAAGAAUUGUAAAGAACCAAUCAACUGAGGAUUUUGAUAGCCUUCCAUAUAUUUGUACACUGCUAAAUUCAGCUUUGUGGACUUACUAUGGACUUAUAAAGCCAGGGAGCUAUCUUGUGUCCACUGUCAAUGGCUUCGGAGUCAUCGUUGAGAUUGUCUACGUUGCCUUGUUCCUUCUAUUUGCUAAUCCAAAAAUGAGAAAAAAGACUGCCAUCCUAUCUGGGGUUCUGAAUGUGGGUAUUUUAGCAACAACCCUAUUAUAUGCUCAGUUUCUUUUACAUGGAGAGACGAGAAUUAAUGUUAUUGGUUUUCUUUCCACGUGUCUAAACAUCGUCAUGUAUAGCUCCCCUCUUGGUGUUUUGACAACAGUGGUGACAACCAGAAGUGUAGAGUACAUGCCAUUUCUUCUCUCGUUUUUCCUUUUCUUAAAUGGUGGUGUUUGGACUUUGUACGCCGUGCUUGUGGCUGACUGGUUUCUUGGAGUACCGAAUGGGAUGGGAUGGUUGCUGGGAGCAGUGCAGCUGGUUAUAUACGCCAUUUAUCGGAACCCUAGUUCAUCAAAAGUAGCCAUCGUCGAAGAUUUAGAACAAGGAUCGCAGACGGAACCCCUGCUGCCACCUUCUUCAAUUCAGUGAAUCGUGAUCGAUGUUGUCAUUAAUUAAUUUCUUCUGAUGAAGCAAAACGAUCAAGGACGCGACUCUACACUCGUACGUGCUGUUAUGUAUAUGUUAUUUGUUUUGGUCCUUCAAUGUGUUUAUUCUUUACAAUUUGAAUACAUAUAGUAUUUGAGAUUUCAUUUUGGUGUGCUGCAAAUUUUAGUGCCAACACCUGAUAAAGGUUGGUAUUUUUUGGGACACCAUUUUCUCUUUUCUUUUCUUCUCUUUUCAAUUUUUUCUGAAAAGAACAUGUAUUAUUUUUGUUAUGGCUUUCUCUCUGUCAAUUGUUUCAAGAGAUGGAUACAUUUAUAUAACA